AUGGGCGAGGCGACGAAAGCACCAACCACCAUCCUCAUCUUUGCAUCCGAGCCUGCUCCUCUCAUCCCAUCUGCUCCCGCACCCACACGACUCGACACACUUUUGGCAGCAAGAACCUCUCGAACACAUCAUCCGGCAUCAGUUCAGCUUCGAGUCGCCAAACUCGCACUCGCCAUGUUGCCGCUAUCGCUGCUGAAUGCAGCGCAGAACAAGCCGAUGCUGGUGGAGCUCAAGAACGGCUCUACGUUCAACGGACAUCUUGUGGCAUGUGACAACUUUAUGAACCUCACCCUUCGCGAGGUCUACGAAACCAGCGCCAGUGGAGAGCAGUUUUGGAAGCAGAAGGAAUGCUAUAUUCGUGGCAGCACAAUCAAGUACUGUCGGGUUGCGGACAGCGUGAUUGAUCAGGUCAAGGAGACCGAGGAGGCUGCACGCAAGCAGCGCCAACAGGGCGGUGGCGGUCUCUCCGGUGGCGUCAGUCUAGGUGCGCGUGGUGGUGGACGUGGAAACCACCGCGGCUCAAGGGGCGGUGGUCCAGACCGCGGAAGAGGAUCCGCAAGAGGCCGUGGAAGAGGCCAGUAA